AUGGAUCCUGAGGGGAUGGUGUCAGUAAUUAAUAUGGAUCCUGAGGGGAUGGUGUCAGUAAUUAAUAUGGAUCCAGAGGGGAUGGUGUCAGUAAUUAAUAUGGAUCCUGAGGGGAUUCUGUCAGUAAUUAAUAUGGAUCCAGAGGGGAUGGUGUCAGUAAUUAAUAUGGAUCCUGAGGGGAUUCUGUCAGUAAUUAAUAUGGAUCCUGAGGGGAUGGUGUCAGUAAUUAAUAUGGAUCCAGAGGGGAUGGUGUCAGUAAUUAAUAUGGAUCCUGAGGGGAUUCUGUCAGUAAUUAAUAUGGAUCCUGAGGGGAUUCUGUCAGUAAUUAAUAUGGAUCCUGAGGGAAUUCUGUCAGUAAUUAAUAUGGAUCCUGAGGGGAUGGUGUCAGUAAUUAAUAUGGAUCCUGAGGGAUGGUGUCAGUAA